UACGUUGCCUAGCAACCUCGCUGAGCACCUUUGGAAGCCUGUUGCAGCUGCAGAAUACGGUCCUGCCCCCCUUUCUGCCCCUCCCCUCCCCCAAACUCCCUCUUCACCUUGGAGCUGCCAAACAGCUGGAACUAGGAGCAAACCCGGGCAGGACCUGGAGGGUUCAUUUAUUACUAUAACAGUGCCGUUUUUACUCUCCAUAACCCCACUCCGGCUGUGUCCCUCCCUUCCUCCCCUCCACCUCCCAGUCAUUCUUAAAGCACUGGAUGUGGGCACAAGACAUUUCCUAGGAAGAUGGUGGCAGAAAAAGAGACCCUGAACCUAAAUAAAAGUCCAGAGAAGAUGAUGAAGAGGACCAAACUACAGCCGCAACAGCCACUCCCGGUGCACCAGCCGCACUCCCUGGUUUCUGACGGCUUCACUGUCAAAGCCAUGAUGAAAAAUUCAGUCGUGAGAGGCCCUCCAACUGCAGGAGCAUUUAAAGAACGACCAACAAAACCCACAGCAUUUCGAAAGUUUUAUGAGCGAGGAGAUUUCCCAAUUGCCCUUGAGCAUGACUCCAAAGGAAACAAAAUUGCCUGGAAGGUAGAGAUUGAAAAGCUGGAUUACCAUCACUAUCUGCCUCUGUUUUUUGAUGGGCUUUGUGAGAUGACAUUUCCCUAUGAGUUUUUUGCUCGACAAGGAAUCCAUGACAUGCUGGAACAUGGGGGAAACAAGAUACUUCCUGUCAUUCCACAGCUUAUUAUUCCAAUAAAAAAUGCAUUGAAUCUUCGUAACCGGCAGGUCAUCUGUGUCACACUCAAAGUCCUUCAGCAUCUGGUUGUUUCAGCUGACAUGGUGGGUGAGGCUUUGGUGCCCUACUACCGACAAAUUCUCCCCAUUCUAAACAUCUUUAAGAAUAUGAAUGUAAAGACAGCACAUAUAAGAGCAUGGUGGCUAGAGGAAUGGUAUUUUGGUCAAGGAAGAAACAGGGAUGUUAACUCCGGAGAUGGCAUUGACUAUAGCCAACAGAAGAGAGUAAACAUUGGAGACUUGAUCCAAGAGACACUAGAGGCGUUUGAGCGCUUUGGAGGAGAAGAUGCUUUUAUAAACAUUAAAUAUAUGGUCCCCACCUAUGAAUCAUGCUUGUUAAACUAACAGAUAGGACAGCUGUGUUAAUGGGGAAGAUUCCAUUUGUGUUCUAAUCAUCUAUCUCUGACAUUGUUCAACAUCUUGUUAUUUAUGACUCCUUUUUUCUACAGCUGCUAAAAUAGUGGUUUCUGGGCCAUUAGACUGUUAUCACUGUUGUGAACAAGGCUUUCCAAUACAUAAAUAGUGCCUGUUUCUUAGAUUACAAUGGUGUACUGUGCUUAUUUGUUCCAAGGAAGAAUCACUCCUUUAUACAGUGCUGACUGAAGCAGGAGUCCAAGUUAGACCUUCAGUUGUAUAGACAAUAAAACGAUA